AUGCCUACCCCCGAGUCCGCCGCGUUCCUGGCUAAGAAGCCCACCGUCCCUCCGACCUACGAUGGCGUCGACUUCGAGGACAGCGCCGCCGUCCACAACGCCCGUGACGCUAUCAUCCGUGAGCAGUGGGUGCGCAGCAUGAUGUCCCGAUUGGUCGGGGAGGAAUUGGGCAAGUGCUACGCCCGAGAGGGUGUUAACCACUUUGAGAAGUGUGGUGUCUUGAGAGAAAAAUACUUCGAGCUCCUCAGCGAACGCAAGAUCAAGGGUUACCUUUUCCAGGAGAAGAACACUUUCGGCGAAUCGAAAUCGCAAUAA